AUGGUCAUGAUGGCUGGCAUGGACGAGCACGAGAGAAAAGUCGUCAUGGAGUUCUGUCAUCUGCUCGAAAAGAGCAAGCAGCUGUUCAACGGGCUGCGCGACCUACCCCAGUACGGGCACAAGCAGUGGCAAGCGUACUUUGGUCGGACUUUUGACAUCUACACCAAGCUCUGGAAGUUCCAACAGCAGCACAGAGCAAUAUUGGACACAAAGUACGGACUGAAGAGAUGGCAGAUAGGAGAAAUCGCGAGCAAAAUUGGACAGCUGUACUAUCACUACUACUUGAGGACAAGCGAGACCUCGUACUUGCACGAGGCGUACUCGUUUUACGCGGCGAUUCGCGGACGUGCUUACUACAGUCGAGCGGCGAAGGAGGACCGGAGCGACCUGAUGGUGAAGAAGCUCCGGUACUACGCGAGGUUCAUCGUCGUGUGUCUGCUGCUGAACAAGAUGAAGCUGGUGCGCGAGUUGGUCCAGGAAUUGGACGCCCAGAUCGCGGACUACGCGAGCACCUACGAACCGGAGGACCAAGUCGAGUGGAACCUGGUCCUCGACGAGAUAAAGGGGUUCGUUAAGGCAGAGUCAGCGGUGGGGGUCCUCUACGCAGACUCAAACCCGGUGGUCCUGACGCACCGGCUGGGCCCGCUAACGUCACCCCCGAUCGAGCGAUCGUCACCCAUGUGCCUCUCUCUCCAGGAGAUUCUGAUUGUCGGAAACUGCGCCGACCAGGUCAAGUUCAGCGAACUCUCCGUGGACAUGUUCAGAAUGCUCCAGACCCUCGAACGGGAGCCUCGCGAUGAUCCUACGCACAUUCACGACGCCUCUCCUGCGGGCCGAAUGCCCUUCCGACCUGGGCCCUAUCCUGGUCCAGAAAACGGGAUGCCCAGAAGGGAUAAUCCUCACAAGUACCUGCUUUAUAAGCCGACCUACAGCCAGGUUCAGGUUUUCCUCGCCAGUGGCUUCAAGGAGUUGCCGGCUAAUGGAGCGCUUUUGCUUUAUUUGUCUGCUGAUGGUUGCUUUUCUACUGUUAAACAUCCCGAAGAGAUGGGUUACGACCUGGGAGGCGUGUCAACUAGCAGCAAGCGUGAUCCGGAGCACGGAAAGAGGCCUAGCGGUGGUAAGGAGCCCCACUGCCUCUACCCCGGCGACCUGUACCCGUUCACGAGGAAGCCGCUGUUCGUGGUGGUCGACUCGGACAACAGCUACGUGUUCCAACAGAUUCCGAGAUACUUCGGGCAGCCGCUCAUGGUGCUGAUGUCGCCCCAGGAAACGCCCUCGACCCUCCGGGACCUGCGCCACGGAGGGAGUCUCUUCACCCUGUUUCUUCACUCUCCUCUUGCCGCCUUCUGCCUUAUAUGCAACGUCGGUAGCCUCGCCGUUCAUCACUGGGAACGCUGCCAGAGCUACGUCGAAAGAUUCCUCGUUGAGGCCAGCCGACUCGUUAUUCGUUCCAGAUGCGAAAGCAGCAUACUCCAAUUUUUCGGUGACGACUUUCUUCGACUGCUGGUAGUGCGGUACGUAUUCUGCGACGUGGUGCUGCACCUCCACAGAUCUUUCCGCGGACGUCACCAGCGGCCUUGCUGCCAUCCGCAGCUUCCGGAGGCGGACGUUCUCCAGCAUCCGACUCUCCAACACAUAGUUCUGGACCUGGCCGGGUGUCUCGAUGCUCGCGAUCACUUUUUGGACAGCAAUGAACUAGCCUGA